UCACCAAAUUUCUAUUGGAUUCAUUAACUAUCAUCAAGAACUAUCCAACUCAAAGCCGCCCAUUUCAAGAAAGUUACAAGAAAAGACAAGUCUUCCUCCUCUUUCUCCUCCCACUCUUGUCUUUUCCCUUUAAUCACUUCUCCUAUUUUAUAACAAAGCUUGUAGCUUUUUUCAUUUUGUCAAAAAGAAAAGGUCUAAGCUUUUAAUGCUUGCUUCUGAGAAAACAAAGAAAUUGAGUCACAUCACAAUUCACAUGUGUGUAUAUAGGCAGACUAUAGUGUGUGAAGAAGGUUAUAUUAUAGGUGAGUUUUAUUGAAGAUCAAGAUGGAUAUGGUGUAUUGCCCACUUGGUAGAUGCUCUUAUGAAGAAUCUUUGAAGGUUCUUGAGGCUGAUAUACAACAUGCUAAUGCUCUGGCAGCUGCAAUUCCUAGAGCUAAAGACGGUGCAAGAUUUCAAAUGAAACUAGUUUACAAUGAAUUAGCACCUCUUGUUAUGUUCUUGCUUCAAUGGAUUGAUUCCUCUUGCACUUGCCUAUUGCCUAGAUACUUGAAUCUUGUUCAUGUUCUUGUCUACAAGGUAUAUACAGAUGGAAGACCGAAGAUUUCUAGACAUGGGAGGAAGGCAACGAUAAGUGACUUUUACGCUGUUAUACUGCCAUCUUUGAGAAGGCUACACCUUGACUUGGUGGAGCUUGAUUAUCCCAUGGUUGGUGGUUCUAAAGGCGAAAGCUCGAGUUUAGAGAUAUCAAGUAAAAACAAACCAGAAAACGAAAGUGGUGUCAAAAGUCUUGAUUUAGAAAGAGAAAACGAAUGUGGGAUUUGCUUAGAAUCGUGCACAAAGAUCGUUUUGCCUAAUUGUUGUCACGCGAUGUGCAUCAACUGCUAUCGAGACUGGAAGACAAGGUCGUCAUCUUGCCCGUUUUGUAGAGGUAACUUAAAGAGAGUACAAUCGCGGGAUUUAUGGGUUUUGACGUGUGAUGACGAGGUUGUGGAUGCUGAUCGGGUUGCUGACGAGGACUUGGUUCGUUUCCAUUCGUACAUCAAUAAUCUCCCAAGAGAUCAUCCUGAUGUAGUUUUCUUUAUGUUUUACGAAUAUUUAAUGUAAUGUAAAGGCGUGUUCGGCUUAGCAAAAUGUAAGAGAGAAAGUGGUACAAUGAUCCUUAAAAUGUACAUAAAGUCUAAUUCUAAGGAAUUUUCAAAUCGAUGAUCUAAGGGGAUUGUUUAUUAAAAGUUUAAAA